AUGAAUUUCUUCAGUUCCGUCUUCUCCGAUGACCCGGAUCCAUCGGAACCCGAAACCCCGAAUUCACCCCCAAAUCCGAACCCGCCUUAUAUUCCAACAAUCACAUCCGCAUGGACCUUCGGAACCACUUUAAUGCAAACCCUAGCUUCCAAAUCAGAAUCCGUUCUCGAAACUUACCGCCGUGAUCUCCAUGAAUUCAGCUCCGGUAUCAAAUUAGAAACCUCCGUCAUCCGUGAUGCCGCCGUUAAAGCCGUUAAUAACUUACCGGCUUCUCUUGAAGCCGGCGCCGACUUAGCUCAAAACUCGCUUGAAUCCGUCGGCCAAGCCAUCGAUGAUCUCGGCUCCACCGUUACUGAGAUUAUAGCUCACGGUAAGGAUUCAAUCUUAGCUGUUGAUUAUUCUGAUAGUGAUAAUGAUAAUGCUAAUAAUAGUAGUAGCUAUAAUAAUGUCGAUAGGAAUGAUAACAAGUUAGGGUUAGCGAAACCGUAUAGUAGACUUGAUGCGCAAAUUAGGACGAUACGUAGCGAUAUGAAUACGUAUUUGAAUGAUCCUGAGGAUUUGGUUGAGUUUAAUGGGUGGAAGUUAGGGUUUAAGAUUGAUGAGAUGGUUGGGGAGAUUGAGGAGGUUUUGAGAGAGGAUGAUGGUGUGGUUGAGGAGAUAUAUAAGGAGAUUGUGCCGGAACGAGUUGAGGAAGGCGUGUUUUGGCUGAGGUAUUUUUAUCGGGUUUAUAGGGUUAAGAAAGCGGAGGAGGCUAGGGUUAAGCUUGUGACUAGAGCGAUUUCUGGUGAGGAAGACGAGGAGUUGAGUUGGGAUGUUGAUGAAGAUGAGUAUGAGGAGAAUGCGGAGGGUGAUUUGAGAGUCGAAGAGAAAGAAGGGGUUGCGUUGGGAAAGGAUGACGGUGAGGGAACGGGUGGUUCGGGGUUGAAAGAUGGGGAUAGGAAUGAAACGGAAGUUGAGAAGUUAGAAAAGAAAGAUGAUGUGAAAACGGUAUCGUCUGAAGGGAAGACGGAUAGAGAUAGCGAUAUAUCGAUUGUUUCUAGUCAACCAUCACCUGAUGAAGACGGAUGGGAUGAGAUUGAAGAUAUAGGUAGCAACGAUGAGAAUAAGGAAAAAGUAGAGAAAGUUGUGACUCAUGAAAGUCCUGAUAGAGCCGAGUUGCGUAAGCAAUUGAAUGUUGCCGAGGAGGAAGAAGAUCUUACAUGGGAUAUCGAAGAUGAUGAUGAUGAGCCUGUUAAAGCUUAA